UGGUAGAUACAAACAAUUAAAGCAACUGCAGAGCAAAUUUACCAACAAACAAAGCAACAACACACAAAACAAAUGUACAAAGUCAAUCCAAAAUUACAAAUAUUAAUUUAAAACACAAAGAAACAAUUAAAUGUGCCAACAAUAUUUACCAAAUCAACAAAAACAAUACAAGUCAGAGGGAAGACAACAAAAUCGAUGCCUGUAAACAUAAUUAUAAAAUAUACUAAAAGCACUUAUCCCAAAAAGAGAACGAGAAACUCGAGGAGAGAGUAGAAAGAGUGGAAAGAACAAUCACUAAUCGAAAAUAAAUUAAUUGCACCACAAAUAGCCAUAAGAGUUAAUUAAAGUUAUUUAAAGAGUCCAGUGAAAAUCAAUCAAAAUGCGAUUCACCUACAAUCAGUAUAAACAUUAUGAGUCCGGUUAUCGGAUUCCAUCUAAAAUGCAUAAUCUGAGCCAUAAUAACAACAAUAAUAGUAAUAAUAAUAAUAAUGGGGGUGGCCACACCAACAACAACAACAAUGGCAACAAUAGUGGCCAUCACUAUGCCCAUCACAAUAAUAGCAACAAUGGCGGCAAUAACAACACAAAUUUCCAAGCCUAUCAGCAUCAUUACAAAAGUAAUUUCGGCAUGAGAAUGACCAUGUCCACCAAUUCCACAAUGAGUGCGCGUAUACAUCGAAAAGGAUUUCGCAUACCAUCGAAAAGACAGCCGGGUAAGGGAUUGCCCGGCAAGUUGCACACCAUAACCAGGACGGGUCCUGGCAAAAUGGUUCCUGGGAAGCGAAUACCACAGCGACCCCAUCCGCCGCCCUGCGACAACUCGAACGACAGUGGGCUGGGUUUCGAUCAGCACACGGAGCUGAGAUCCUCGGCAGGAGCUGGGGGCGUUACUGAUCCGGCGGCCAAUGGAGGCAGUGGCUCCAACUCUGGCCAGCGAUCCAGUUUGCUGGUCAAUAGCGCUUUAACCAACACAGUGGCUGCUGCAGCAGCCGCAGCAGCUGCCGCGGUGGCCAGCAACACGUUGCAGCAGCAUCAGCAGCACCAUCAACAGCAGCAGCAGCAACAGCAGCAACAACAGCAGCAGCAGCAGCAACAACAACAACAGCAGCAGCAGCAACAACAUUCACCGCAGCAGCAUUUAAUCAGAGCGAUACCUGUAUCAAGAUUCAUAUCGGCCAGGAAUGUCACGCGUGUGGCGAACAAACGUCAACCCACUACACCGCUGAACAGCGUCGCCAGCUCCAACGAUGGCCAGGUGCAGCUGGAGAUUUUGUCGCAGCCGGAGCAACAGCACCGGGCACGCUAUCAAACGGAGGGCAGCCGCGGUGCCGUCAAGGAUCGCAGCGGCAAUGGAUUCCCGAUCGUCCGACUGACCGGAUACGAUAAGGUUGCCGUCCUCCAGGUCUUCAUCGGCACGGACAUUGGACGCGUGGCACCGCACAUGUUCUAUCAGGCCUGCAAGGUUGCCGGCAAGAACUCGACGCAGUGCAACGAGAAGAAGGUCGACGGCACCAUGGUCAUUGAGAUCGAUUUCAAGCCCGAAACGGACAUGACCAUCACAUGCGAUUGCGUUGGAAUCUUGAAGGAACGCAAUGUGGAUGUGGAGCACCGAUUUCCCGAGCAUCUGGCGCAAAAGAACAAGAAGAAAUCGACUCGCUGCCGGAUGGUGUUCCGCACCCAGCUGACCCGUGACGAUGGCACCACCGAGACCCUCCAGGUCUGCUCGAAUCCAAUCAUCUGCACUCAACCACCUGGCGUGCCGGAAAUAUGCAAGAAAUCCUUAAACUCAUGUCCCGUUGAUGGCGGCCUCGAGCUUUUCAUUAUCGGCAAGAACUUUCUGAAGGACACACACGUGGUGUUUCAGGAGACAUACGACAGCGUCAACGGUGACGAUCCGGCCACGGAAAUUGCAGUGCGCCAGCAGCUCAUCGGCGGUACAGCCGCUCUUUGGGAACAGAGUGUUCUGCCGGAUAAGGAGUACCUUCACCAGACUCAUCUGAUAUGCACGGUGCCACCGUAUCUGCACCAGAACAUCCUGAAACCGGUCCAGGUUCAAGUGUCGAUCGUCUCCAGCGGCAAGAAGAGCGAACCGCAUACGUUCACCUACACGGCCAAGGGACAGUACACGACGCUGGCGGCGGCCAGCACGUUAAGUAACACAAUCCACGCCCAAGCAAUUUAGGUGCUCAAUCUAACUAUAUAGUCAAAUAUGUAAAUUUUUGAGUGCUAUAAAAUGCAAGGCCAAAAUUAAAUCAAAAUUAAGUCAUUAAUCGACAGUCAAUAUAAACAAGUAUAUAGACACCGAUAUAUCCUGUAUCUCUCUAUAUAUACAAACACGAACAGCAACCAUAGCAAAGUGGCCAACGAAAUAAAUCGAAAGCUUGCCUGGAAAGCAACGCUGGAUAAAAAAGCGAUGUAAUCGAAUGAAUCGCAGCAAUCGCUCGAUAAGUGACUGACAAUCGCUUGCGUUCGAUGGCGAUAGAUACUCACACACCCACACACGUCACACAGACACACAGAAAUCAAAAAAAAACAAAAUAUAAAUUAUUUGAAGGACCUAUGGCACCGAGGCAGCAAUAUCCUAUCCAACCGCAUGUGAAAUGAUGAUCGGCGACGGAUUUUCAGCCCCAACGAGACUUCAACAGCCACAUCUGCUCAUCUCUAGCCCCAUCUCUAACGUUCAACAACAACAGCAUCAAGGAUAAUUUUAGGGUACUGGUUAAAAAAAAAAAAAACCAUUCAACUCUUACAGAAACCAAUUACCAAACAAUAAUUACCGAUUGACCAACGUACAAAUUCUUUUUUGCCAUUUCGUAAUCCAUUUUCUAUAUGUCUAUUAAUGAAUACACACAUACACACACACACACACACACAAAACCCUGCCCUUAAAACACACACACACACACACCACAUAUACCAUUACUAUUAACUAUAAGGGAAACCGAUUUCACAUAUAACCUUAGAGCAUUACCUUUAAGCGUCUAUAUAUAUAUAUACCAUAUAUUUUACGUACUCACAUAAAGCUAACACCAUUCAAAGAUUUUUUGUCCUGUCCUGUUUGCGAAUCCUUGCGAUCGUUCAGGAGUUGUCAUAUGUUAGGGAUCAGUUCAUUUGGCUAGAUUAGCUAAGAAAUUGCUUCGAUUUUCAACAGGGUACGAAAAUUGUUGCUAAUUUUAUUCAUUCAGAAUCAUUGACAUAUUUUUUAAUAUUUCGCAAUCCUUCAUAAAUACCGUAAUAUUUCAAUCAAUUCAUAUGAAAAUUGCAAGAUGUAAUUACAUCUUUAUUCUCCUACUUAUACAAUAAUUUCUUAUAACUUCUUUUCCAGAAAUUUCAUAAAAUAGAGGUGUGUAAAUUAUGAAAAUGUAUGGUAAUCUAUAUAGUGACAUUUCUUCCCUAUAACAUUCAUUGCAUACCCUUUAAAGAUCAGUUUCUGUGCUCUCCUGUCUAACCAUACAAUUCAUGAUACAGAAAUUGCAGUUCUAUGUGAAGACUGAACUUCAGUUGAAUGGAAAUUUUCAAUAUGCAGACAGUGUCAGGGUUCAAUUAAAAGUUCUUUACUUAAAAAUGUCUUAAUGAAAAGACAUGAUUAUAACAAUAAGAAACCAUAAGCGGGAACUUGGUCUGAAAGACCCCAAAUAAGAGGUGGUAGUGAUGGGACUCGUCUAGAAUGAGUGGAAAUUCAAAGCAUCGCUCGACUUCAGAGCCUCAACAUUACGCCUAGAGAACGACAUCAGGUUUAGAUCAUUGCGAUCCCGCUUAGGAAACGAGAACUGAGAUAUUUGGGUUUUCUGGCUCCUAAUAUACUAAUCCAUAAACACUUUAAAUCUAAGCACUAGUACUUAAGUUCAGCAAUUAGAAGUAACUAUUAAGUCUAUUAAUUAGAGCAACGAAAAAGCUUGGAGUGUGCUUUGAUGUGUUUGAUUGAAUGAAUGAUUGAGUGUAUAAACUUUACGAUUGGUGAAUGACUGUUUGUUUGAUUUGUGCGAUUGCCGAUUGAGUAAUUAGUUGAAUGGUUUAUGUAGUUUCGUAAAGUGUGAUCCUUUGCGAUUAUUUGUUAAACAAAUCUUGUCUUUAGCUGUGUGCUUGAUGAAGACUUAAGGCUUACUUAGAGGAGUCUGUCUGAUCCAUUUUCGGGUCGGGUUCGUCUUGUCAUUUGUAGUGUUCAAUGAUUGCCUUUUAUUAUCGAUCUGUUCAGCUUGGUGUGGUUUGAUUUAGUCAGUCAGUCAGUCAGUUCUUUCAUUUUGUGUUCAGUUGAAAGAUGAAAUGUUCUAAGAAUUCUUUGAUGACCUCUUUCGUAGCUAUCUUGUUGUUCCAUUCCCUUUUGUAAUUGCCGUGUGAAAGGAGUUGCCAGUGAAAUUUCGUAGCCAAGCUUAAAUACUCUUAAGAACCUAAUAUAUAUAUAAAAUAAAUCUAGUCUUAAUUAGUGGUUAAGUAUUAGAAUUAGAUACCAACGUCCCUGCGGAGAUGGCAGAUCCAAAGAAUUCGAGUGCUUUUCUAUUGCUAUCGCUAUAGUUUAAGUUUUUUUUUAGUUUGUAAGUUGUAGUAGACCCGGAAUAAAGUGAAAGGCACUCGGAUUUUACGGACCUCUCCCUUAGCAAUCCCCUUCCAAGACUUAUUCUCAGAAACCUGACCUAGGAUUAAGAGGACCCCAACCCACCAAAACAAAAAGAAAAUACCCUGCCGUUUAUUAUAUCUUUGUUUUUUCUUUUAUGAUUUCUUAUAUUAUGACCCCGUGAUUCUUGCAUGACAUACCACCAAAAUGAGAUUACUAAGAUGACUCUUUUCUGUCCAUUGUUCCUCUUGUAGAUGUGAGCGGUUUCAUGGACACCACAUCAGCGUCCAAUGCGAGUGGCUCCAGUGGUUGGAGUGCGGCAGGCGGUUCCGGCAACAAUACAUCUACAGGCGAUAAUGUGGAGGCCAAACACGAGAUCGAUUCGGGCAUGAUGCCUCCGCCCAUUACCACCCAAAUACCGAUGGGCGUUCGACGCUCCUCGCUGCCCAGUGUCACACCCAUGAUCACGGACCAACAGCUGGUCCAUCUCAACGCAGUGGCGGCCAGUGCCGAGGCCCUGAAGACGGAACUCGACGACAGCAACUCGCAUAGCCCACUGACCGGUGAAUCCACACCGGAUAGCCCCAACGCAGCCUUGCAGUAUCAUCGCUUUGCACGAAAGCCCAGCCUGGACACCAUUAUGUACGAUCAGUCGAACAGUCUGCCCGGUUUCCCGACCGUUGUGGCGCCGGCUACAGCUGCCGCCGUGGCCGCUGCAGUUGAUAUUGAUCCGACGGCGGUGGCCGUGGCGGUGGAACUGGCCGUAAAAAAUGAGAUUGUCAAGCAUGUCGUACAGCAGCACCAGCAGAUGCAGGAGCAAAUGCACGAGCAGCAGCAGCAGCAACAGCAGCAGCAACAACAACAACAACAGCAGCAACAACAACAACCCCAACAGCAGCAGCAGCAACAGGUGCACAAGUUUAUUGACGAGCUGACCAAAUCCACAUCGGUGGUUUCCAGCAAUGGUACCACCGAACCAGCUCUGUUCACCACCUCGGCGGUGAUCGAUCAUGCCCUGACCGAUAUUCUGCAGGCCAAAGUUGGCAUUGCGCCGCCCAAUGUGGUGCUGGAAAGGAGUUUGUCCCUAAGCUCCACAAAUUCCAGCAGCUCCAUGAGCGGCAGUGAGAGUUCGCCGAAUAGUUCACCUUUGACGCAGGAUAUCAUACUCAAUUCAGAACCGGCAGCAGCUCUGGCCGGAGCUGCUGCCUUGGGUGGCCCGGCGCCUGUCGAUGUCACCGGUGGUCUGUCCACCGAUAUCAUUAUGAAUCCCGCCGUUUCACCAUCGACUAUUUUGUGCUCCGCAAAUGGAGCGGCCACUGCCGUAGUGCCGAAUAUACUCGCACCUCACCAAGUGACCAUGGCCAACUCCAUUUUGAACGAUAUUGCCAUGCAGCCGGAACCAACACAGCAGGAUGCAGCAGUAGCAGCCUUGGCGUUGAGCAACAUCAUGAUGAGUC